CAAGUUCCAUGUGCAUGUGUCAAAGUGUCCAAACCUGAAGUGCACACUUACACACGCCCCGCACAUACACACACCCUUUUCACAUUCGCAUUCGCACAAGUUAGCGUCAAGCCGUCAGAGGAGUCCAGCAUGGACCUGGAGGUGCAGAUCGAGGAGAUCGCGUCAUUGGCCAAAUUCGGAGACCUGAUCGAGUUCUCGUACCCGAUUGGCUACUCGCACUGGGGCGUGUACGAUGAGGACGGUCAUGUGAUCCACUUUGCUGUCGCAGAUGAGGGCCAGAUGAUGAACCACGUCCGCACUUCCAUCCAGUCCAUGUUCCCGCUCUGCGGCGACCUGUUGCUGGGCGCCACCCGCAUCCGCCGGGUGCCGCUGGGCGAGGUCACAGUUCCCAGCGGCGUCCACAUUCUGGUUAGCAACAACCGGCACGCUUUCACGCCAUCCUCACCCGAGGAGAUGAGGCGGCGGCGCGACGCUCUGGAGGACGAGGAGCUCACCUACAAUCUCUUCUCGCUCAACUGCGAACACUUCGCCACAUUCGUGCGAUACGGGAAAGCUGUCUGCAACCAGAUUCCGACCAAGCCCAAAAACAAGGAGACCAUGUCAGCCACCAAAACCUUCCAGGACAUAGUUGUCUCAAAAGCGACCAACAAAGACCCUUCCUAGUCACACACACUCUAAACUCGUAUAAACUUGUCUACAGUUAUAAUAAUAAUAAAUCUGCUGACUUUGUUUUUUUUUCUUUUUAAUUUGUGAAGCAAAUGGUGGGGCAGUGACCACCAGAUCCAGCAGAUGAAGCUGUAGUGAAAUAAAGCUGGCUGUGCUCUCAUGUGCUUCUGUUUUUUUUUUUUACUGCCCCCUACAGGACUGGAGUGGAACACGUGACGUUUAGGCUUGUUUGGCCUUGGCAGAGGUUCUUGUAUUUUGUGUGUGUGUGUCAGUGGAGUGUGCACCUAAUAAAGUGGACACUGUGCAUAUGUUAAAGUAACCAGCAGCCUUUGGAGUCUGCAAACUUCUGCCAUUGUUUAAAGUGCCUCUGAUUAACCUCAAAUAAAGCGCAGAUGUUCUAGUA